CCAUAUCCAAGAGGCAGUGAAAUGGCGGGAAAUACAAGUGGAACGAUUGAAGAAGAAAUGGACUCUCUUCUCUCCACAUUCGACCAUAUCCAAGAGGACUUUAAGAGCGCCCUAAUGGAGAUCCAUCGGCUGAAAUCGAGUUCCAAUGGAGAAAUCAAGAAGCGUGAAGCUCUUGAACUUGCUUGCAAAAGUCUCAAACAAGAAAAUGAGCGACUUACUAAGCUCUACACAGAAUCAUUAAACAAUGUUGUUGAUCAGCUGGAACACCGUACUACAUGCCAGAGCUUAAAAGAACGAUUGAAGAGAAUGAAUGAUGGAUGUCUCAGUAAAGAAGAUGAGCGCAGGAAGUUCGAGUCGAUUAAACACGAGUAUGCUAAAAAGAUUUCGGACCUAGAAACUCAGAUAAAAGGGCUCGUGCUUGAAAAGGCAACAAAUGAAGCAACUCUAAAUCAACUUCGACAAGAUUUAGGAGCACACAAAUCCCAUAUUCAAUAUCUAGCUGGCAGAUUGGAACGAGUGCAUUUAAACGUCGAAUCAAAAUAUGAGCUCGAGAUUCAGGGUUUGAGGGACUGUAUAACUAAUGAAAAAGAGGAGAAAAAGGAGUUGAACAAUAAGCUCCAACAAUUAGAAAAGGAACAUCAAAGAUUGUUAAGCAGCAACAACAUUUUACUUCAGAUGUGCAUAAUGCAACGCUUCAGAAAACCAACGUAGAGUCAAGGAAGGAACAUAAGAUACUAAAACGAAGGCUUAUCGAGUCAGAAAGGGAAUAGACGAAGAUGGCUUGACAGCCUAUUUUGUAUUUUGUGUUUGGCUUGUUGAUGCGUUUACAGAGUUCAUCGUAAAAGUAUUUAGUAUUCUAGUGUACUAAACUAAAAUUCUAACAAUCGUUUCCGAAUUUUACUUUCUUCCACACACAAUAAGUUUUUAUUGCUCCGGCUUUGAAAGUGGUUUUUUUUUCAAUAAACAAAGAACACCUUAUCGUAAAAGUUCAUUUACUAAAUUUGCUUGAUAAUGAGUUAGUAAUAUUAUUUCAAAAUUUUCCUUUGCUAU